CUUUUCUCACUCUCUCUCUUCCUGGCCGAGCUCUGCACCCUCUCUGUCUCUCUUUCUUUCUUCCUUCCUCCCGAAUUUGCUCUCUCUAUCAGUGAAACUCUCUCUUCACCGCAACGCAAACGCAGCUACUGCAAGACCUGGGAGAAGAGUGAAUCAGAGCUUUCUUCUCUCUCUGUUGACAGAUUUCUGAGGGAAUCUCUCCACAAACGAUGAGCCCCAAAAUCUUGAAGUGGAGAGAAUGAGUAGUUACCUAUUGACAGUGCUGACAAAGAAACAAGAGGUGGAUGCAAUCAUCAGAGACACCAUUGACAAGGUCCUUGUCCUCCGCUUUGGCCGUGCUUCUGAUCCUGUCUGCCUUCAACUUGAUGACGUUCUUUCUAAAUCUGCUCGGGAGGUAUCCAAAUUUGGAAGUGUAGCACUUGUAGAUAUUGAUUCCAAUGAAAUUCAAGUUUAUGUCAAGUAUUUUGACAUUACUUUCAUACCUUCAACAGUUUUCUUUUUCAAUGCUCAUCACAUGAAAAUGGAUUUUGGGACUGCAGAUCACACUAAAUGGGUUGGCGCAUUUCACAAGAAGCAGGAUUUUAUUGAUGUUGUAGAGGCAAUAUAUAGAGGGGCCAUGAAAGGCAAGCUAAUAGUGAGUUGCCCUCUGCCACCAGAGCGAAUACCGAAGUAUCAAUUGUUAUACAAGGAUGUAUAGAAGAAAAGACAGCCAACAGCAACACCAAAAACAACUCACAAACCCUCCUGAGAGCAGAACUCACAUCUGGUGAAUUGCUAAAGGAAAAUAGGAACUAGAGUUACACUAAGACCCCAUUUAGGGCAUUGGCAGCUUUGUUGAAGUUGCUGUGAAUCCAACAGAACAGAGAAGAACAUCCAGCUGAUGUAUAUAGAUUAACUAUAUGGUGUACAACAUCCAGGUGAAAUUAGAGAUACUUGAUGAAGCAUUUCUACUAUCCUAUAUGGUGUACACAGUGACUUAAAGAAUGCCAGGUUUAUAUGAUCCUUUUACAGAGUUGUAAAAUGUAUAGAGGUUCUUUGGUAGAAUGGAUUCUUUUUUUAA